AUGGGUCUGUAUCUUGGGAGGACUCCCGUGUUACCGGACGCGCCAAACUUCAAUCCACCGAUGCUGGACGAAGCAGCGGAAGACCGCCCCUGGGCGCCUUGCUUUCGCGGCGAGGACGAUGGUCCGUGGCCGCCAAUGCUUUCGCACAGUAUGUCUGCUUUCGUCAAUUCAACUAAACUCCAUGUCAUCGUCAACGAUCUCUUUUCCACAGUAUAUUCCCGGAAAGUACCCGCCGAUCCAUUGCCAUACGUGCAGCAGACGAGGCAGAAGCUGGAGGCUUGGAGAGCGGCUUCUGCUAGCCACCUGAUCAUGCUUCCGGGAGCUUCCCACUGUCCACCAGUGCAUAUCGUGUUGCAGAACCUCCUCUACUACGCAGCGACAAUUCUGCUACAUCGCCCGUUUCGUAACAGCGCCGCUUGCCGCACUGCUUGCAGAGAAGCCGCUGACGAGAUACAGCGCAUUACGUGCUUGUAUGAGAAGAAUAUGGGGUUGUCUCACGUCCUCUACCUGAUGGCAUACGCUACGUACAUUGCAGCUACUGUCACUUUGCUGAUGGUGCAUGAUGGAGUAGAGGGUGCCCGAGCCAAAGUCGACUUCUUCCUCCACGAAAUGCAUGCGUGCAGAUCGAGCUGUCCAGCAAUUCAAAAGAGCAUCGAUAUCAUCGUGAAAGGCCCAGAGCCUCGACCAGUACGGACAGCCACCGGGAUGAAUACACCCGCAGUGGACGUGCCCAGGGCCGACCAGCACCCGUUGCCAGCUUUUCCGUUCGAGCAGCAGCACCAGCACAUGCAGCCACUAUGGACUGGGGGCGAUGGUGGCAUGGGUGCGCUACCUUCUGGUGGACUCGAUCCGUUUGCGUUGGAAUGGUCCCAGCUGCCUAUUGACGCUUUUGAGAACUUCCUGUGA